AUGUCGAAGAGCGGGCAGGAGUCGCAUCGCGCCUGUGCGCCAUGCCGCCACUCGGAACACGAUGUCCGGGUUGGCACCAGGAACAGAGUCCUCGCCACACCGACAACCGCCUGUCAUGCGGUGUGCGCGCCUUCCUUUUCCUCCUGGACAUGUUUCCAAUACAGUCGCUUGACUGCAGUGAGGAAUUCCACGUGCCAGGCAUUAACGCAGUCCUGCGGGAGGGAUCCCGCCAUGACGGCACCAGCGUCCGCUGUCACGUUGCGUGGGAUUCCGCAGUGUCAUGAGGAAAAUACGGAGCCAACUUUGCGACCUCAAUCCAUCAGUGGAAGCGGUACGGUGCAAAUCUCCUCGGUGACGUCGUCGCGCACCGCCAGCGGGCCGAGGCGGAGCGGCUCCAUCGCCGAGAGGGAGUCUGUGGCGGCAGGGACUCUUGUGGGCGAUUGGGAUGCUGCUGCCAGGCGGGGAACUGGGAACUGUCUGUGGCCAUGCUCAGUGGCAGGACACUCCGCUCAGCAGGAGCAUGCAAGGCUGCCGGCAGCUGCGCGGUGA